AUGCAGGGCAACAAAAAGCUAACAGUGCUCUUUGCACCGACCGAUAGCAUGGCUCACGUGAACGCCUGUCACGGGUUGGCCGAGGAGUUCAGAGAUCGCGGACACCGAGUGGUGUUCACAAUGGACAGGGCGUUCAAAGGCCGCCUCGAAAAGUACGGAUUCGAAGAGUACCCCAUUGCCAGUGGUAGGAAUAACUCAUCGGUGGCGGUGACCCAGUUUAUCACACAACUGAAACACGUGUUCAAACUGACCCCGAUUCAAAUUGCCGACAAAUUUGUGUCGCGAGCUUUUGAGCUAUUUUUCAAACGAUUACGCGAUGCGGAGUCACAGUAUAAGGAGAUUGUGGGGACUGUCAGGCCGGACAUCAUUGUAUGCGACGCCUAUCUGGGGUCACCGGCACUAACCAACUCUGGCAUACCGUUUGUGUAUCUACUCAGCUCUGACCCACUAUUCGCUAUGAAUGAUGAUAAUUUACCACCACCAUUUUUAGGUUUACCUCUAAACGAAAAUCGGGACAAAUGGACGGAAAUCCGACACAAUUUGAACGAAAUGUUCGCACAAUUACGUCAAGACUACGACAAAUGGCUUGUGGCUAACGGCGCGCCUCCCUUACCGUCAACUCAUCCAAACUGGGGCCUACACCCCCGGUCCCCUUAUCUCAACAUCUACCAGACCCCAGAGGAACUGGACUAUAAAUCACAGCAACCGGGGGCACAGGUAUGGCGUCGAGUUAAUGGCUUUGUAAGAGAUACAGGUGACACAUUUGUAAUACCGGAGCCGUUAAGUCGUAAAUCGGGGAAGUUAUGCCUACUAUCGUUGGGCUCUAUGGGCUGUGCGCACCUGGACUUAAUGGUUAGGUUGACCCGGGUAUUGGGUAAAUCCAAGCACCGGUUCAUUGUGAAUAAAGGGCCCCUACACGAUAAGUAUGACUUACCUGACAACAUGUGGGGCGCCCCCUACCUGCCACAGACAGCGCUACUACCAUUAAUGGAUUUGGUGAUCACCCACGGAGGGAACGGUACGGUAAACGAGUGCUUCUAUUACGGCGUACCGGUGCUGGCGAUGCCGCUGUACGGCGAUCAAUACGACACCGCCCAACGGGUACGGGAGUCAGGGCUCGGCCUACGGUUAAACCCAUUCCACUGUACGGACGCCGAGUUGUUGGGAACGGUAGACGAUAUGGUCAAUGAUGUCGAGUUGGGCCGACGUAUGAAAGCGAUUGGGGAGAGGCUUAGGGCGGCUAAUGAUAAGCGAGUGAUCGCCGAUAUUAUCGAGGAUAUUGUCAGCAAAAAAUAA